AUGCCCAAGUGUGACAACUGUGACAAACUAAUAGCCAAGAAAUCCGCUAUUCUCGAGUGCAACACAUGCUCAAAAACAGUGCAUGCUACCCAGGCAUGCACCAGCCUAACAUCUAAGCAAUUAGCAGCACUACGCAACACUGAGAAUCUGGAAUGGACCUGCGAAGUUUGUUGCCGUGAAACUCCAAGGCAAAGGUCAUUUGUCAUACAAGAGGAGGAAGAGGAAGACGACGAGGAACUAUUAUUAACACAGGGAGCUGACAGCGGAUCCAACGCGAUGAAAAAGUUACUAAGCGACAUAUCAAUCGAGGUUAAAAAAGCAGUAAAGAAAGAAAUAGGCUCAGUAAAUGAAGCGCUCAGCUCUUGUUGUCAAAAAAUGGAUGGAAUAAUGGACACUUUAGUGACGAUUAGCGGAAAAAUAAAAGAACUGGGAAACAAGAAUACAUAUUUAACAAACCAAAAUAAACAUCAUCAAAAUCCAUGCUGUGGAACAAUACAUUGGAAACCUUGA